AUGGCAGACAACACUGACAAAUCUCUCAAUGGCGCAGGCACAACGGCACCUGCCCAACCCACUGCUAACCCUCUCAAUCCCUCCGAGCCCCUGAAGCGCCCAGCGCCCGGCGACUCGACCGAACCCGCGAAUCCGCAAACGGAAAUUCUUCCUUUCGAUUCAGCCCUUACACGCGCCGAGAAGGUCGAGCGUAAUGGCGAAGAGCAACCCUCUAAGCGAGUCAAGCUGAAACAGGACCCUGUCUUGGCCGCCGUGGAUCCCAAACCGAGAACCAAGGGCGUUGCCCCCAUCAAGAAGGAGUACCUGAUUCACAACCCCGACCCGGCUGGAAGACCUGAGCAGGUCUCAGAAGAAAACCCAGACGAUGCCGCUGAAGGAAGCAAGCACGAGUCGCAACAGCAGUCCAAGGACAAGAAGCAGAAGAACCGCGGCCAGAACAAGGCUAGAACUUUUGGCAGCUCGCGCGACUCUCUCCAGCUGUGCAAAACCCGUGUCCAUAACAACGAGUUCUCUCCCGCAGAGUGCCCAUUCGGCGACAAGUGCAGAAUGGAACACAACCUCCGCAAGUACCUGGCCGAAGGCAAGCGUGAGGACCUGACUACCUUCAACACAAAAUGCCCCAUCUUCGAGGUCAAGGGCAAGUGUAAUGCUGGCUGGAAGUGCCGCUUUGCUGGUUCUCACUCUACCGAGAGGGACACUGCUGAUGGCCGCAAGGAACUCGUCCUUCUGGAUAAUGACAAGGCCACAGGCGACGGCGCUCAAGCAGAAGAAGAGGAGGGUGUAGGAGUGGUCAACGUUGUCUCGAUGGGCGCCAAAAUCGAGCUCAGGAAGAAAAAGACCGGCAUGCCCAAGUCUGAAGCCUACGUGGCUUGGCUGGACAAGCGCCAGACUGAGAUGAACAAGUACUAUGGAGCAAACAAGCCAGAAGAAGGACAAGCAGCAGUUGCUGAGAGCAUGUCACUCGAGGAACGUCGCGCCCAAUUCACAGAAGCGCCUGUUCGUGCUUCGGAAAAGCGCAGAAUCUACUACGGUCCGGAGACUCCGGUCCUGGCCCCAUUGACCACACAAGGAAACCUUCCCUUCAGGCGUUUGUGCGUCGGUCUCGGUGCUCAGGUUACGUGGUCCGAGAUGGCCAUGGGUCUGCCGCUGAUCCAGGGUGAAAAGGGCGAAUGGGCGUUGGCCAAGGCCCACGAGUCCGAGAUCACUCCUCCUAAGUACACUCCCAAGUCUGUCGUUGCUGGCUACGACAACUCCAAAGAUCUCAAGUUUGGUGUCCAGAUUGCAGGAAACAAGCCCUGGAACGUCCUCAAGACCACCGAAAUCCUCACUGCUCUCUGCCCCAGCAUUCGUGCAAUCGAUUUGAACUGUGGCUGCCCUAUCGAUCUCGUCUACCGUCAAGGCGCUGGUUCUGCACUCAUGGAUUCACCUGGAAAGCUCGAAAAGAUUCUGCGUGGUAUGAAUGCCGUCUCUGGAGAAGUCCCCAUCACCGUCAAGAUCCGCAUGGGCACCAAGGACAACCACCCUACUGCUGACAGACUUGUCCAACGUCUUGUGCUCGGAGGCGAAGAAGCCGUCGCUACUGGUGAUGGUCCCUGCGGUGUUGCCGCCAUUACCCUCCAUGGUCGCAGCCGUCAACAAAGAUACACUCGUCAAGCCAACUGGGAGUACAUUGCCGAAUGCUCGGCCCUGGUCAACAGACUCAAGCAAAAGCAAGCAGAGGUAACAGACACCAUCCGAGAGGCAGAUGCACGCGACAUGACCGCUUCAAACAACGGCAUGCCCUACUUCUGCGGCAAUGGCGACGUCUACUCCCACGUCGACUACUUCGACGCCGUCAACAACGCCAACGUCGACUCAGCCAUGAUCGGUCGCGGUGCACUCAUCAAGCCCUGGAUCUUCGAGGAAAUCCAAACCGGCCAAUAUCUCGACAAGAGCGCCUCAGAGAGACUGCAGUACAUUGAGCAAUUCACACGCUUCGGUCUGGAGAACUGGGGAUCCGACGAGAUUGGCGUUGGAGUCACGCGUCGGUUCUUGCUCGAGUGGUUGAGCUUCAGUUGCAGAUACGUGCCCCUUGGUCUGCUCGAACACUUGCCGCCACACAUGAACGACAGACCUCCUGCCUUCCGCGGCAGGAACGAGCUCGAGACGUUGCUCAGCAGCCCCAAUUACAAGGAUUGGAUCAAGAUUAGGCAAGUACAUGGCAUCACAUACGUAGAGACGAGGUCAGCUAACAAGACUGCNAGUGAAAUGUUCCUGGGACCGGCACACAAGGACUUCCAGUUCCAGCCCAAGCACAAGAGCAACAGUUACGAGAUUGAGGCUGAAGGUUAA